AUGCCUCGUUACAGCCUGAACUUAUCUUCCUCAGUUUUCAACGUCAUUAGAGGUAGCAAGUGGAACCCGUUCCAAAAAGAGGAUGGGGACGUUGCCGAUCGGAGUGAUUCAAGAAAGAACAUGAACAAAGAGGGGCAGAGCAUUGACUAUAAAUCUGUGGGCGGGGAACAUAAGAAAGGCCCGUGGUUUGUUUAUGUGUCGAUGGGAUUAGUGGAGAUGAAGGAGAGAGCUGCCCAGUUCAAAGGGUCAGUCACGAAUGCUCAUUCAUUUGCGGAAAUAUCCUUUGAGGGACCGGAAACCCCACCGAGAGCGAAAAUUAAACGAGUCAAAACUUUACUGAAUUAA